UUUUUCUUUUUUGUAAAAUUACAAAGCAUAGGUUUCUUUUUGUAAAAAAUACGGCCAGAAAACUUUGCCAGGGUCAACGGCGGGCGGCGAUGCAGCCAACCAAGUCGAGUUACGGGGCGCGUUUGGCAUGUGUAUUGAUAGAUGGCGUUGGGAGCAGCGUCGGAAGGUGUAGCCGACCAGUGAAAGAAAGCAGACGACACGCAGAUGAAAUUUGUUGGCUGCAAAAGAGAAGUCGUUAUGCAAACACAUUUUUUAAACUUUUUGUUUUUAUUGUUUUGCAUUUACUUUUUAACCAAAAGGUACAUUACAGAAAGAUUAUGUUCAUUUUAAUAAACAAUGGUGGUCGCGAGCAGUCUUGAUAAGGAGGUAGCACCAUCUAUCAAUACAAGCGCCAAACGUGCCCCGCAACACGACUUAGUCGUCUGCGUCACCGCCUGCCAUUGACCCUAGCAAGUUUCUUGGCCCAAUACUUUACAGAAAGGGAGCUACGCUUUCUAAUAUUAAAAGAAAAAACCGACCUGUGAAAUACACCUUUGACGAAAAGCUUAGGUUGCUACGUGUAGGCGUCGACUUUUACGGUCCAUUUUAAGUCGAGCCUGGUGACUUGGGACACCCUACAUAUUUACGGCGCGAUACUAAUUUGCAGUUGGCGCCUGCAGGAGCCCAUGGAAAAGUGACUACUAGAGUCACAUGACUGGCCAGUAUAGUCACGUGGUGCUUGCGCUCUUUCAGGAGCUCCCAAUGGGUUCUAAAUUUAAUUAUUAAUCUUCAUUUUAGGUGCAAAAAAAAAUCAAUAAGUAACUUUUAGAGCACAUAGGAAGCUCCCAAAAGUGCAAGCACCUUUGCGCCAAUCAAAAAUGGGAUGGCGGCGGCGUGCCAGGGUGUUCCCUUCCGAUACUGUUGGUAAGUAAUGAUAUUAAUAAUUACUUUUUUGCAAAAUUUUUUUUUUUAUUUGUUUAAUUAAAUAAGAUUUGUGAAGAUUUUUUUUUAACAGUAUAUUAAAUUACUUUUUUUACAUAUAAAGAAAAAAAAAUGCGAUCAGAUGGCAGCGGCGACGGGGGUUCUGGGGACUUCAGCGGUGGCGCUGAACGGCUCCGUCGUAACUUGCGGUGGUGGCGGCGCGCAGGUCUACCACGUGACUAGUGGUCAGUCGCGUGACUGCUAUAGCCACUUUUCUACGGGUUCCCGCGGGCACCAACUACAAAUUGUUUCGCACCAUAAGUGUAGCUCUAAAUCUUUUUUUUGUUGUUGUAAGUUUAUUUUAUGACAUUUUUUUUCCAUAUAUGCAGUUCAGAAUUUUUUCUUUGCAUGUUUUAAGAAUGUUUUUUAAAGGAGUGCAUCUUUUUUUUAGCAACCUCAGAUAGGGACCUGUCAUGAAUUAUAUUGAGGGGUACAUCCAUGCCGGCCCAGUCUUUUAACAGGAAAUGUGCUGACUUGUUUUGCAUUGCCUCUAGUUAUAAUGUUUUUGUUUUAUUUUUUCAUUUUCUGUUGCUGUGUACAAAAUUGUUCCACCAUAAUAUCUUGAGAGAUAGCCCACCUAAAUCGACAGCAAAUCGGAUAAAAACUAGAGAUGGGCUAACUUUCGGCGAGCCAUAAAAAGAAAAGGGUUAAAAAAAUGCUAAUUUUAGAUUUUGUGACCCUCAAAACUUGUGGUCCCUGGAAGGGGCAGUGAACGAAAAACUGUCCUUCCCAGUCAUUACUGUUCGCUUGUUUCCUGCCGUUGUUAAGUAACACUGUUUUUGCCGAGGUCACCCUUGCCCAGGUCCCCUCUAAUCACAAGAAGUGGCCUAUCUUUCGGUGCUUCAGGAAAAAUAGCUAAUCAUGCCGAAGAUAGGAAUGCGCUAUCUUUUGGGGGUGGGGCAUCUCUCGGAAUAUUAUGGUAUAUAUUCAGUGAUGAUGCCAUUUGUUCUGUUCAUGCUUUCCCGGCUUUACCCCUUUGGGGUUUAAAUGUUUCGUUUCUUGCACUGUUAGAUAUUCUCAAACACCACCAGUGUCUUGGUUAGCUGAAGUUGGCUUUAAAUCUGGACUGUGCUGUGUGCUGUACCAUUGCAUUGAGAUCUGCCACGCUUGUCUAUUCAGCCUCUUCUAACCUUGUGGUAAAAAUCGGGCCAUUUUUUCGAAGAAAAUCUAGGGAACAUACAGGUUAGGGAGGACUUCCUCACUGUAGGCCAAUUUUUUUUCAUGACCAGUUCUUUGCAACCAUCCCUCUUUCCACCAAUGUAACAGCAUUAGGACUGAGUGUGGUCAAGGCAUGAAAAAUUACAACUGCUCUCUCCUUCAAACCAGUCUGCCACACUAGAUUCAGUCCACUAUUGCAGUGUUCAUGUGAAUGAAACCAGUUUGAGACUGCUGUGUUAAAAUCGUUGUUUUCUUUUAGCCUAGUGGCCUGUAGCUCUCAACACAUGAUUCAGCUAUAUGUUUUUAGUAGUGUAUAACAUGUUGCUAUGAGGCUGCAACCACUAUUUCAAUGCCAGCUCACUUGUUGGGUGAUGGGAGAAUGGAGGUAGAAACUGUAGAUUUCGAGUAUUCAUCAAGCAUGAAAUGGGAAAGUUAGCUAAAUGUUUCAAAGUCUGUAGGCAGUGAAUGUCUGAGUUUUAUUUAGUUUUAGUAGGGAGAAGGCAUUGCACACUUAAAGGGGCACUUACAGGUCAAAGUCAUAUUUUUUUUUAUUAUUUGAAACAAUUGAAAACAAUGCCUGGACAUUACCCUCAAAAUUCAAAACUUUGGAACUCAUUUGAAUAGGGUCAGCUGAACACUUACAAACUUGGGAACUCAGUAUUUAUGAAGUAAAAAAAUACAAUUCCCAAAAGCCGAGUUUGAAGUUCCCAUGUCGUCCGCGCCACUGCAGUGAUGUCAAAGAUUGAGUUGUCCUGCAACUCACGUUUCUCUCACGGCUCCGAACCGACCCGACCCGGAGAGUCAUGUUCGCCCGUGUCUCGCUAUCAACUGCUCUUCUGCUUGCCAGACGCUUAUCGCUGUGAGCAGACGAAGCUUCACUUCAGAGUUUGCAGUUCAUUUAGGGCCCUCUCAGCAAUCUCAAAUUUUCUGAAACAGUGUGAGGUCGAAGAGAGCGCACAGUGGACUUUUGUGAGUAAUGCGAGGUGCCACAUUGCACCAGUUGGCUGUUGCACAGCCGAAAUUACUGUACACAGACACCAAACCGUUUGACGAUUUCCUUUUCGAAGUCCGAGAGGUCGUUGGGUGUUACAUGUGUCGUGCAUUGCCAGGUUUUCCGAGGGAGGAUAAAAAGCCAGGAGGCGACAUCAAACAUCAUUCCGGACUCUGAUUUUCGGUAUAUCAAAAAGAAGGGCCGUAAUGCAUUCGCAAUUGCGUUAAAAAAUAUGUUUCACGAAUGCCAUAGUUAAAUAUUACAGAAAUUUCGCUUACAAAGCUACUAAAUUUCAUAAUCUAUUAUGUCAGAAAUAAAAAGAUGCGAGGGGGUGAGAAGAGAGAGAGAAGUGCGACAAAGAUAAAAAGGGGUGCGCGCGCGUGGGGAAAUUUUUUUUCGCAUUGUGGUAUCUCUACAGCUUGCAUAGUUUUAGACAACAAAUAGAAUAUGACCUUUGGCGUGUCAGUGCCCCUUUAAAGCAUUCUACGUAUUGAAUCUGCUGUCGUUAAAGGGGCUAUGCGACAAUAUUAACUUCAAAAGAAUUUGCAGUUUUAACUUUUUAAAUUGUUUAUCUUACCAAAAGGAACCGAGAAACCGCCUUAUUCUUUUGAAAUAUUGUGAUUCCAUUGCAUAAUAGCUAAGAAAAAAACGGGAAUAUUUCGCGAUUCGCAGCCGUGCGGUGGUUGCCACGGGAACUAAGGCGACAUGUGCAAUGGGUAUAAUGUAAUAGGUUGGCAAUAUGUGCCAUUAUGUGCUCAAUCUAAUGCCAUAUUUGAUAAAUAUUGUCGUUUCAACAUGAGUAAAUAUGUCAAAAACUUCAUGUCAUCGCCAAAGUUGUACUAUAUUCAGUUUUGGUGGCGCCAUCUGCGCGAGGUGAAACUAUUCCUCCCUUGAGCCUCACCUCCUUGUGCUAUUACGUCAAUCAAACUUCCUUACAAAAAGGCAAGCUCUUUGCUCUCCCCCUCCCCACAUCGCUCAGAGUCUCAGACCAAUUUUCAAGGUCGCCAUGUGAAUAACAAGCCUGCGCACGCUGAAGGCUUUGAAAGAGAUUCCAACCAAAUACUCUCUAUCUCCAUUGCGCGUCACUACACACCUGACUUGGAAGAAGGUGUGAAGAGUUGAGGGUAGUUUGGAGGCAUUCAGAAUGUCAAUUGCUUAACUUUUUUUUUCUAAAGAACACAUGCGCACAGGCAAAUUUACUUUUCCAUUCUUUAAAUCAUACAUGACAGGGAGCAACUACCACAAUAAUUUACCGAAGUCCUAACAUUGUUGCACGGCCCCUUAAGGGGGACAUGGACCUAAAUUUCAAAUGUUUUGGGGGAAAUUCAUUUUUCAAUUUUUGAGGUUUUCGGUUUUAGAAACAAAUUAUACACUCGUACACUAAAUUUGAUAACCAUCUGCCAAAUAGCUUAGUUGAUAUAAAUUAUUUUCUACCCAUUGUAAGGCAGUAACAAAGCCAAGGAGUUCAAUGUCUGAAUGCAUUUUUCUCAGUUCCCCUUCUCACUGUAAAUUUCACAUGAAGGAAUCUUUUGUUUGAAGGUAAAAGUAUCCCUAUACCACAAUUAAGAUGUUUCUGAACUGAAAUUUCCUGGGGAAUCGGGCUAUCUACUUUAUUUUGUUUCAAGUUAAAGUCCUCAUUGAGAAAAAACUUUUAAAAAAUUGACAUAAGACAGAUAUGCGUCUCAUAUAUUGACGUAAUAACUGUUCUUGAAAUAUUUACAUUUGAGUUAUAAAAACUAGAUAGUUCGAAGUCUCACAUCGCCCACUUUAUAUUCAAGCAGUCAAAGUGGUGCCUAAUAGCUUCAUUUGCAUAUCAUGGAUUUCUUAACGAAGAGUGACACAUCUUGAUAUGUAGGUAUAUUAAAUAGUCCAAGAGAGCUGAAAGUUUGCACAAUACACAUGCACCCGAUGUUAAAUCUCCCCUGAAAAUUUCGUUCCGAUCACAAGAGUAGUUCAGAAAUUAAAUCUCUAACCAGUGUGACACCUUAAAGAGAAGCUGAACUUGCACAAACACAUUUUUUAGGUGCCUGGAUUGGCUACGUACACAGAAAAUGUACUUUUUCUGAAAAAAAUUUAAUGCAAUAUUUAUGUUGCUAGACAUCUUUGGAGUUCCUAACAAUUCAGAAACUUGGUUUGCUUUCGAGACGUUGGCCCUAAAACAAAAGCAUGUUUCGGAAUUGCUCUUAACUCAGAAUGAGUCUAAUGGCAAAAAUAUUGUGCUAAGUUUUUUUUGAAAAAGUCUGUUUUGUGACGUGUCCUAUCCAAGCACUAAAAGGACAUUAUUUUUUGGGGAGUGUGACGUCCAUUAAAGUGAGUGACCACCUCCCUCCACACCAGUGUUGAUGAUUAGGUACACGUUGGUGCUUGAGCUGCUGUUCUUUGUAAAAGAAAAGCCUGUUAAAUACAAUUUGGCUUGUUUCCCUCGCAGGGCCUGUCCCGAGAGCCAGUAAAGUCGAAGAAGAGGCCCCUGGCCGUGAAGACGCUGAGGGCACACACUCUUCUGCGGACGACUUGUUCGCCGUGUGGCAGCAGAUGGUGCCCCCGCAUCGAAAGAAGUAUGAGUGCCGGUUUUGCCCUCUCUCCUUCUCUGAGAGGAUAGGCAUUAGGAGGCAUGAAAGGACGCACACGGGCGAAAAGCCCUUUAGCUGCACCGUUUGCCACAAAGUAUUUGCACAGAAGGGUAACCUCCAGUCUCACGAGAGGAUUCACACGGGUGAAAAGCCGUUCAGGUGCCAGACUUGCCCGAAGGUGUUUGCACACCAAAGUACCCUGCAGUCUCACGUAAGGAUCCAUACGGGGGAAAGGCCGUUCAGGUGCCAGACUUGCCAAAUGGUGUUUGCGAAUAGCGGGGACUUGGUGCGUCACAGAAAAGUCCACACGGACGACAAACCGUACAGGUGCGGAACUUGUGGGGCCGCGUUUCAGCGGCGGUUCCAGUUGACGUGUCACGAGGGACUUCACGGUGGAGACCCGCCAUUUCGUUGCAAGCUGUGUGGAGAAAAGUUUGUGCAGAAAUCUUUUUUAAAUGCCCAUCAGAAGGAGCAUCAUCCGUGAGGGACAUCCAUUGUAUAGUAAAGGGUGGUGGAGCUUGACGUGUUUGUACAGUGUCGUUUUACCCUUUUAUUCGAGACUAUCUUGGAUAGACCACCUGUUUAGCGAUCGCUUAUUCAUGAAUCGUCUAUGAACUACCAAUACUCGCCGCCAUUUAACACUUCGGGUGUCAGGACUGCAAAGUGAACCACCACUAAUAGAGAACCCUUCAGUCUCCAUUGCAACAAGCAUAUAGACCCUUUCAGGCGACAUUUCAAGGGCUCCGCCAUCUUGACGUCACGUGACCCUGCCGCCAUAGCCG